AUGCCCGCUCCUCCUCCACCACCCCCUCCCCCUCCGCCUAUGCCCGGAUUUGGAGGCUCCGGACCUCCUCCGCCCCCUCCACCACCUGGAGGUCCUCUGGGGCCAAGCAAACUGCCUGCUAAGCCGCUGCCGACGGUAGCGAAAGAUCGGGGCGCUCUUCUGACAGAUAUCACCAAAGGCGCGAGGUUGAAAAAGGCUGUUACGAAUGACCGAUCUGCGCCCAUCGUAGGAAAGACGUCUGGGGCCUCAGCAGGUCCGCCAAAUGGCGGAGCACCAGCGGUCCCAGGUCUGAGCAGACCUCCAAUUGGCCUCGCACCUCCAGUCCCAGGCGCAGGUACAGGAAGGUCGAACCGGGCAAGGAGCAAUAGUGAGACUACUGGAAGUGGAGACAGCAGUGGAGCAAGUGCAGCACCACAAUUGGGAGGAAUCUUUGCUGGGGUCGGUAUACCGAAGCUGAGAAAAACAGGAGGAGGUGUGGACACCGGUGCAGAUCGAGAAUCAUCGUACAUAUCGGAUCCGGAAACGUCAAGACAGUCAGCACCAAAACCACCUACUUCCUCCGCACCGAAACCCCCAACGGCACCGAGAUUGAACGCUUUGAGGCCAAGCCCACAUACAACGGAGUCUUCACCACCGCAGCCAUCUGCAGCAGCUAACCCACUUGUUGCAAACCUCAGAAAGCCUCCUCCAAAACCAGCCCAAAGACCAAAUUCGGACGCUCCUUUCCGAUCUAAUUCAGAGCUUCCGCCACGGGCUCCACCACCACCACCGAGCGUAGCAAAACCUCCACCACCACCAAUAACCUCAAGGAAACCAUCUGCAGCCGCGCCCCCACCACCACCGUCAGCUGUACCUUCUCCACCCGCAGCUCCUCCACCACCGCCCACCUUUGCUCCUCGACCUCCUCCUAGUGCGCAUACACCCCCUCCAGGUCCACCACCACCACCGUCUUCAGCACCUCGACCUCCUUCGAAUGCGCCUACGCCCCAUGCAGCUCCACAACUACCACCAGGUGCAGCACCUCGGCCGCCUCCAGCUCGUUCAACGCCACCACCUCCUCCAAGCCCACACUCUUCAUAUAGUGAUAGUAUUAGUCAAUCGGUUGCAAUGCACGCAGCACGGAAUGCUUUUGGGAACGCGUCGAGCUCUCCUGUGGCACUCCCACCGCCUACGCCUGCUUUUUCUUCCCCCUUGAAGCAAUCAACGCCAGCAAAACCCCCACCAGCCCCUUCAAUGCCUCCGCCGUCCAAGUCAGCCUCUCAGCAAGCAAUUAGAGCGACACUGGAUCCAAGCUCGUACACCUUAUCCAACGGCACUAGCCCCAGUCAGGUUAUCACUCCCGCUCGAGACAACAUAUCUCCAAGCAGAAACGGAAUCACCAAGAUUGAGGACUCGAGAUGGCGAUUCCAACCUGAAAGCGAACUACCUAAACCAAGAGAAUUCAUUGGAGGGCCGAAGAAGUAUAGAGCAGGGCGAGGAAGUAGUGUACCACUGAACCUUUCUCAGUUCCGUUGA